AUGCAACGCGCUCCGCAACAUCAUUUGUCUCUUUCUACAGAAAAAAAACCACGAAUGCGAAGAAGAAUAGUCGACAACGACAUCAGAAAACAACAACACAGCAACAUCGGAACAUAUCAUGGAUGGAUUGAUUUAGAGAACUUUGAAGAAACUCAAGCUUUUGUUAUUGAUUAUGGAAGAGCUCAAUGA